CUGUAGGUGGUGAAUCCUCGACUGGGAACACUUUUUGCAUGCAAAUUUUUCUUUUUACACAAUGCAGCGCUUUUGUUGUCGCUCAGGUUUAUAAUGAGAGCAGUGAUGACACCAGCAUUUAUCCCUCACUGAGGAGCCAGCCACUUUUCGAAAACCUAUCGAGAUUACUGACAGCCUUCUGCCAUGAGCUGCCUGGAUGUUAUGUAUCAGAAUUAUGGAGCUCAUCAUUACUUGCCAGCGACGGCAGCAGCAGCCUAUAAAGCGGCAUACUAUCAUCACCACCAGCAGCAGCAGAAGAAGUUUAGUGCAUACAGCAGGAUGCAUGACUUUGCUGACUUGCCUGCACACUGUGUCCAGAGUAAACAGGCUGAGAAGCCCAGAACUGAGACUGAGUUGGAAAGAGAUAAUGAUGAGCAGAAUGGUGAGGAGGAAGGGAGAUCUAAGGAUUCACAACCGGCUGAAACAGAGUACCUGAGCUCCAGGUGUGUGCUGUUUACAUAUUUCCGUGGAGACAUUGGCGAUGUGGUGGAUGAGCACUUCUCCCGUGCCCUCAGUCAACCUAGUGCCUUCAGUAAUGACAGCAAGAGCAUUAGGCUUCCAUCUGGAGGACCAUGGAAAGAUGGCAGUUCUCCCUGUGAGGGUCAGAGUGCCUCCUUGCCCUCCUCAGUAUGGAACAAUAGUUACCCAUCUCAGACCAACUCCUGCCUUCCUUCUGUUCAUAGUGAUUUCCCUGCAGCUGCUGCCUUCCAUACAGGCGACACUGGCAUUUGGAGUGGCCAUAGCUUGACCCAGCCUAGCCUGACCCAUCAUUCAUCCCUUACUGACUCAUGGCCUUAUGGCCUGGGUGGCCAAAGCAGCGCUGGACACCAUCAUGUCCAUGACAUGUACCCACAUAUUCACCCUCGUCACCAUCAUCCCCAUGCUCAUGCCCAUCCCAUGCUCCAUCACAGCAGUGCUCUAGACCAUCGCUUCAGUGCCCUUUUGUUGCCUGGCAUGAGGGCGUCAAGUAGCCCAUCUUCUCCCAAUACAGAAGGAAUCAAGACAGAGUUGGAGCCUGCUGCCUCUAGCUGGCCAGCAUCCUUUCAUGGCUCUGUAGAUAUCUAUGACACAGCACUGGAACAGGACAAAGCAAAAUCCAGUGUCUGGUUCUGAAGCAGAGAAAGCCAGCCAGUGACACACAGCCUUGGAGUAGAGGAGCGCUGACAUGAGCAGUGUGAGAUGGGCCAGAGUCUCACUGUGGAAUCUCUCCCUGGAAAGCUUUUAGAUUUUCUGGGAGGCGACUCAGGAAAGGAAACUUUGACUCCCUCCAUUAGACAAGCAUAACAAUAAACUUGGAGAAAAGCAACUUUCUGUAAAAGUAAACCAUCCUGUCCAAGUUUGUGUAUGAUGCGAAGAGUGAGGCGCUAAUGAAUUCGGACGAAGUGCUGUCCACUUGGACUUUCAAAGAGCUCAAACUGAGUCAAUGCAAUGAAGGAAGCCACUUAAAUGUAUCCAAGUCUAAGAGGUAUAUUUUUCCUACUUUUUGUAAACCAUGUCGAACAUUUCCUGUUUGGUGGUUUGUGAUCAGGAACAGAAGCGUAAGCACAUACCACUGGUUUUGUUAAAAACAACUGCCUGUCUAGUUUAAAAUGAAGGCCAGUUUUGUGUUAAAGUGGCUAUAAAUGUUUGAAUAUUUGAGUAGCAGCCUUGUUCAAAUAGUUGUUUUACUUUAAUAUAUUUUUUCUGUGGUCUUGUGAUCUGCAGAUUUGAUAGUUUUGUAAAAGAAAAAAUGUGCAAAUUGUUUCUACCAAAGUGUUAACUGUUUUGUUACAUUAUUUUGACUUUUGCAUAAGAAUAUACAUGUUUUUUAUGCUACAUGCUAAAUAAAUU